UUGCUGAACGGAGUGAAAACAUGGGUGUACUGCUCGAGUGAGUGAUCCAUAAGACUAACUGACCCUUGCGGAUGAAACUUCAGGACGGGGUUUCUUCGUGUCUCCGCUCUCUGCCCCGUCAUGCGCCGCUACCGGAGGGCUGAGGUCGAACCGGAGCCGUGGAUCGAGCGGCUAAUACAAAACUACGGCCGAAGCCAGAGGGAAAUCAGCGUGAGAGCACACGUGGUGGGGGUCAGCGACUUGAGUGACUCUGUGCGGACGGAUGAGAGCGAUGCCUGCAUGCUGUUUCUGUCCGACGGAACUGUGUUUAUUCCUGCGGUGCUCAGCGCAGCCGCCUGGGAACGUUUACAGGAAUUGGAAGAGAGGGAGACCUUUUCAGGUCUGGACAACACAACAGUGUCUGUGCGAGAAUUCCAGCUGAACUUCCACAUGGACCCUGAACUGACAUCUUGUCAGUUUUAUCUGACUAUCAAUCAGAUCAUCACCGUGGGCAGAGUCACCAAGCAUUAUCACCCCCCUAGCUGCACAACGCUUCAAUCAGUCAAGCAACAAAUUCUAAAAACAUGGAGAUCGCUAAUGAAGGAGUGUUCAGUCAACUCUCUGAACUCACAGUCAGGAUUUCCUCUUUCUUGCCUAAUGGGGGCAUGGCACAAUGACAUCAUUAUGGAUAUGUUGAAUGAUGCAAUAGAGAAAAUAACCACACCCACUGGGUGUCACCCAUGUGUGGCCACACCUACUCACUGGCACAGAGAAAGACUUCGUUGCAGGGGUGAGGAGUGUUUCAACGCUCCUGUGUCUCAUCUCCUCAUCCCAGAGGAGCAGAGGGAGCUGUUGACAGCUGAUCCCGGUGCAACUAGUGGGAGUGAAACUCCAAGUGGCUUGGCGCCUCCUCAUGUAGAUGUAAUGAUGAACCAGCAAGUCACUGCACAAUACCAUGAAAGAGACUCACCCACAACAGCUAUUGAUAGGCCAUCUGAUUUGGAACAGCCCACUCUGGACCACACGAGACCAGAGGUCUGGUGUGGCAGAGGAGAAGAGUGUGGGGAGGGAGUGAGCCCGUGGGAUAUGUUCUGUCCUGCCCCUGACCUGCUAGGAACCCCAUCCUCCUCCUCAGAGAUCAGUAUAGAGCCUCUCUCACAGAAGGACAGUGAAUCACUGCUAACUAUAGCCCCUCUGUCCAUGGCAACAAGCAGCCAGGUCCAGUCCUCCAAUCCUAGCAUAGAAGAGAAGUCAGGGAGUAGCAUAACGCCUUGUCAGAGACCACGCCAAUCUCUGCACAGCUCCUCCCACUUGAGUGAAAAGACCACCUCAGACCAACCUCACGAGGAGCAACAAGAGCAGCAAGUGAGUCCACCAACAUGGGUAAUAAAGAAUACAGCCCUGUCCACCGAAGACAUGUCCCCAAUGGACCCACCUGCCAAAAGAAGCCCCACUGUGUCCCCACCUGCCAAAAAGGGCUGGGUUCAUUCAGAUGGCAGUGGUUUCUCCUACACAUAUGAACCUUGCCCACAAGUUGUCAGAUCUCUCAGCCAGUUCAAGGUCCCAGAGCAGCUGGUGCAGUGGGCGGUGACUUACCUGGGGACCCCUCAGCAUAUGCUUGUUGCCAAUGGUAGAACUGAGCUGAGAGAAGUGGCAAUGGUGCCACAAAGACAGAGAAUUCCAAAUUGAAAACUGUAAUAACCAGAAAUUGUCUUUUCAUGUCGAAACUAUGUAUUAUCUACAGAAUAUAAAUCUGUUAUUCUGAAAUAUUUUUUUAGCAUGUAUGGUCAGUUUAAAAUAAUUUUACUGUAUUGUUGUUUGUAAUAAAAUUUGCUUUAUUCUGA